AUGCCAUUACUUGAAUCUUUUCUGAUCAAGCUUCCCAACGCCCUUGUUGGAGAGAUCGGGCUCGACAAUGUCGCAACUGACCCAACAACAAAGAAGAAGUAUCGAAUGGACCGGCAAAUCGAUGCAUUCAUUAAACAGAUGAAUCUUGCUACAAGAUAUAAUCGCCCUGUCUCUGUGCACCUCGUAAAAUGCCAUGGACAGUUUUUAGAUAUCAUGAAGGCUAUACAAUACGACUCGAUACCGAAAAAGAUCAUGCUACACUCCUGGACCGGUUCCGCUGAGAUAGCAAUGGAACUUCUUAAGAUUCCUGUAGUAGGUCCACGGUUGUAUUUUUCCCUUUCUCAUGGAGUGUCUGCACGAUCUCCUCAAUUCGGAAGGAGGAUAGAAAAUCUGCCCAUAGAUAGAUUGUUAGUUGAAUCGGACGUACACGAUACUCUUGAGGUGGACAAUGCCAUUGAGAAGAUUGUUGAGCUCAUUGCUGGCGUUCGUGGAAUGCCUUUGGACGACAUUGUGGAUGUGCUAGUGAGAAACACGGAGAGUUUUUCCGAUAUGUAG